AUGUCGUCGCAGGAGAAACAGGUCUGGCUCAUCACCGGGGCGUCCAGCGGCUUCGGCCUGCAACUCGCCCUCCGCGCCCUCGCCGCCGGGCAGCACGUCAUCGGCACCGUCCGCAGCAGCGCCGGCCCCUCCGCCUCCGCCGUGCACCAGCUCACCUCCGCCGGCGGCCACGUCCUCGAGCUGGACAUGACGCACCCGCAAGCCGCCAUCCACGAGGUCGUGGCGCUGCAGUACCGCACCAACGUCUACGGGCCGCUGUUCACCACCCAGGCCGUGCUGCCGGGUAUGCGCGCUCGUCGCCGCGGCUGCGUCGUCAACGUGUCCAGCGCCGCGGGGCAGGACGCCGGCGCCGCGCGGGGUCUCUACGGCGGCAGCAAGUUCGCCCUCGAGGGGCUGACGGAGGCGCUGCGCGCCGAGGUCGCCGAGUUUGGCGUUGCGGUGCUGCUGGUCGAGCCGGGGCUCUUCCGGACCAACUUCUUCCGGGCGCUGCGCACGCCCGCGGCGCCGCUGCCGGAGGCCUACCGGGACGGCUCCGCGGUGAGCGGGGCGCUGGACGCGUUCGCGGCGCUGGCGGACGGCACGGGCGGCGGGGACCCAAGCAAGGCGGCGGACCGCAUCUACGAGGUCGUCGCGGGGGAGGGGCUCGCGGGACACUUGAGGGGCAAGGUGCUGAGGCUGCCGCUGGGGAUGGACGCCGUGGAGCGCGUGGAGGCGAAGCAGAGGAGUGUCCUGGCCGAGGUGGCCGAGGCGAGGAAGCUCGAGGAGCAGCAGAGCACGGCCUUGGCCAGCUAG